AUGCCUGCAAAACGUGGACGAGUAAAGAAGAGAGAAAGAGAUGAUAAAGUGAAAGGAGCAACUAAAAAUGUUAACAAUGAUAAGAAAGAUAUGAACAAUGAACAUGAAGAGAUGCAAAAUGAGCAAUGUAUCAUCGAGAAAAAGAAGAAGAAAGUUGAAAAAAGUGGCAGAGAAAUCAAAAUUAUCAGCUGGAAUGUUGCUGGACUUCGAGCGUUGAUUAAGAAGAAUGGACAUUCAGUUUUGGUUGAAGAGAAUCCGGAUAUUAUUGCUCUACAAGAGACAAAAUGUGUAGAUGUUCCAAGUGAAUUGCAAAAUGGCUACCAUACUUUCCUAAAUGCUUCAGAAAAAUCGGGACAUGGCGGUGUAUUGUUGCUUACAAAAGAGGAACCAAUAAAAGUAACAUAUAGUUUUGAUGACAAAUCCAAGUGUGAUAUAGAUGGGAAUGGUAAAGGACGGAUUAUUAUUGCUGAAUAUGAAAGUUAUUAUCUUAUUAACGCUUAUGUUCCGAACAGUGGACGUGGUUUGGUGAAUCUGGACAAGCGGAAAAUUUGGGAUGAUUACUAUCUCACUUUUAUUAAAAAACUUGAUUUAAGUAAACCUGUUGUAUAUGUUGGAGACCUAAACGUUGCACAUCAGGAAAUUGAUUUGGCGAAUCCAAAAACGAAUCGUAACAAGACAGCUGGAUUCACAGAUCAGGAACGGAAUGAUUUUACUCGACUACUUGAUGCCGGAUUUGUGGACGUUUUUCGUCGGUUGAAUCCAGACAAAGAAGGUGCCUAUACAUUUUGGUCAAACAUGCACAAUGCAAGAGAGAAGAAUGUCGGCUGGAGGCUCGAUUAUUUUGUGGUUAGUGAGCGAAUUAUGAAUAAAGUGAAAAAGUGUGAUAUUCUGCAUUCAAUCAAAGGAAGCGAUCACUGUCCCCUGAGUCUUACAAUUGAAUUGUGA